UAGGUUCGGAUCCUACUCGGAUUCGAAUGCCGCGUCCGAGCCAGGGUGGCACGAUAAAAAUACUCACGAUGGCCUUUUUCUGUCUGCCGAACAACUCUCACCACUUCCUUGCACCGUUCUCACACAACUGUGCGGAACGCUGGGCGAGACCAUGUACAGAGGCGCCCUUCCAUUGCUGCUCGCGGGCGCCGGCUCGGCGUCGGCAGCACUACAGGUCGACUUUGGAUCCUCCAGCUCGAUCAAGGCGGCGGCCAAGGAUGUGGCGUUUGAUGCCAUGACAUACUACAAGGGCAACCAGUCCGGGGAAAUCCCCGGGCUCCUGGCUAGCCCGGGGCCUCACAGCGAGUACUACCCAUGGACAGGCGCCAUUCUGUGGUCGACCAUGAUCGACUACUGGUGCUACACGGACGACGACGCCUACAACCGCGUGGCGGUCGAGGGCAUGGUGCACCAGAACGGCGAGGGACAGGGCGACCGGCUCGCGCAUCCCUUCAUGCCGGCCAACUGGUCCGCGAGCCUGGCCAACGACGACCAAGGCUUCUGGGGCAUGGCGGCCAUGCAGGCCGCCGAGUCCGGCUUCCCCGAGGCGCCGCAGGACUGGGACCAGCCACGCUGGAUCGAGCUGGCGCAGGCCGUGUUCGAGACGCAAGCGCGGCGCUUCGACGCCGAAGAAGGAAACGAGAAGGCGUGCAACGGCGGCCUGCGCUGGGUGGUGGCUCCCCUUUCGGCGGGCUACAACUACAAGAACAGUGUUUCCAACGCCGUCUUCCUCAACCUCGCCGCGCGCCUGGCCCGGUACACGGGCAACCAGACCUACGCGGACUGGGCGUCGCGCACGUGGGACUGGCUGGCGGCGGUCGGCUUCAUCGACGCCGACUUCCGCGUCUUCGACGGCGCCCACGUCGAGAAGAACUGCACCGACAUCAACCGGGCCCAGUUCUCCUAUGUUCCCGGUGUGCUCCUCCAGGCCGCCGCAUACCUGUACAACCAGACCUCAGAUGACAACAACAGCAAUAGCAACAAGAAGAUCUGGCAAUCCCGCCUCGAGGGUCUCACCAACGCCACGCUGACCCACUUCUCCUCCUCCCCGUCCUCUAGCGGCAUCCUCGUCGAGCGCGCCUGCGAAGCGCGCGGCACCUGCACCACCGACAUGCUCUUCUUCAAGGGCAUCCUGUUCCGCUCGCUGGCCAGCGCGGUGCGGCUGGCGCCCUUCCUGCACGGGGCCGCCCUCCCCGCCCUCCGGGCGAAUGCUGAGGCGGCGGUCAAGGCUUGUGCUUCUGGCGGGCCGAACGGGCGGGAGUGUGGCUUCCGGUGGACGACCACGACGACUGAUGGCGACGAUGAUGAUAAGAAGGGGCCCCCGGCGGAGUUGAACGCGCUCUCGGCUUUGUUGGGUAUGCUUGUGGAUGAGGCGGCGGGCAAGGCGAUGCUUACCAACGCCACGGCCGGGACGGCGGCGUAUUCUAAGUCUGGUUCUGGUUCUAGCGGUAAGGGGUCGGGUGGGGACGACGAUACUGGCACUGGCACCGGCAAGACCGGGUCGACAGCAAGUUCUACUGAUUCUGGGAAAUCGGCUGGUUCGGCCACAAGGGCUGCCUUGGGGCUAGUCCUGGCUGGUGUCGUGGCUGCGUUGAUGUCGUGAGGCGAAGGGCGGGUUGAUUGAGAGAAGAGAAAUUAAGAUUUCGAGUUAUUAAAGAAUUGCCCCGUUGGGAUGCAGGGUGGUGUGUUUCAAGGAACAUGCAUUCUUACAUUCGUCAUUUUAGGGGAUAGGACAUUUUAGGAUCUCUCAGGCUUAAGCGUUUAUGUACCUACUAGUAAGUAAGUAGUCCAAGAGCUAGGCACGGAAAAAUCAAACAACACAGUAAUAGUAUUAUAACUA